AUGUCGCGAUGUGAUGUCGAAUCCAGACAGAAGCGCCCCAAGGCCAUUGGGGAAGGCUUUUUCCAGUGUAUAGGGUUGGAUCGUGUCAAAUGCAAUGGCAACGAAUCUGAGCUCACACAGUGUGGCCACAGAGGACUGUGGACCCACAACUGUGGUCACCAUGAGGACGCUGGAGUUGUCUGUGAAGCUGCCUCUCAAGUGAGACUGGUCAACGGUCUCUCCAACAACCCCUGUUCAGGCAGGGUGGAGGUCUUCCUCCAGGGCCAGUGGGGCACAGUUUGUGAUGAUGACUGGGACCUGAAUGAUGCCCAGGUGGUUUGUGCACAGCUGGGCUGUGGCAGUGCCAUAUCAGCCACCAACGAGGCAUAUUUUGGACCGGGAACAGGACCCAUCUGGUUGGACGAUGUCCACUGUGGAGGAAAUGAAACGUCAAUAACCGACUGUGAACAUCGAGGGUUUGGUUCUCAGAACUGCAAACACUUUGAAGACGCUGGAAUCAUCUGUGAUGCUCCAACUCCAGUGAGACUGGUCAACGGUCUCUCCAACAACCCCUGUUCAGGCAGGGUGGAGGUCCUCCUCCAGGGCCAGUGGGCCACAGUUUGUGAUGAUUACUGGGACCUGGUCGAUGCCCAGGUGGUGUGUAGACAGUUGGGCUGUGGGAGGGUGCUGGCUGCACCACGUGGGGCCACUUUUGGACCUGGCCAAGGGCCUAUAGGGUUAGAUGAUAUAAACUGCAAUGACAACGAAUCUGAGCUCACACAGUGUGACCACAGAGGACUGUGGACCCACAACUGUGGUCACCAGCAGGACGCUGGAGUUGUCUGUGAAGCUGCCUCUCCAGUGAGACUGGUCAACGGUCUCUCCAACAACUCCUGUUCUGGCAGGGUGGAGGUCUUCCUUCAGGGCCAGUGGGCCAAAGUUUGUGAUUUUCACUGGGGCCUGGUCGCUCUGUCCCUCCAGUGA